AUGGCUGCUGUGCCCCAGAGGACCCUGAAUUGGCUGUACAGCGUGCUCAUCAGGGACCACUACGAUCCCCGCCAGACCUAUCAAGACCCCAAUCGCACCUACUACGAUGUCGCCAACGUCCUGGCUCAGUAUCCUUCCCUGUCUCCUCGCACCGAUGUCUACACAUUCGAGUCCGGUUUCUCCGCCCUCCUCCUCCAGCUCUCCGGAACGGUACCCGUGACGUUUCGCGGCACCAUCUACAAGUUUCCCAUAUCGCUAUGGGUCCCCAGUACCUACCCUCACGAGCCCCCGAUCGUCUACGUGACUCCGACUCAGGAUAUGGUCGUCCGUGUUGGUCAGCAUGUGACACUUGAAGGACGGGUCUAUCACCACUACUUGGCGCACUGGGCAGACGCAUGGGAGAGGUCCUCCCUAUCCGAUCUGCUCUCCAUCCUCCGGGAUGUCUUUGCAAAGGAGCCUCCAGUCAAAUACAAACAGCCGAUAAUGCCUCAAAGACCACCGGAGCACGCACAGACACCACCCCCUCGACCUCCACUACCCGCCGAACUGGGGCCGUCCACCCGCUCGCCGCCACCGAGCGCUCCCUCUCCGCACAUAACGGGCCAGGUACCACCGCCGCCCCCGCCGAAACCAGGACAGGUGUCUGCUGGGCAGCCGUCCCACGGGCAGCAGAGCGCAGGUCCCCCGGUGCCUCCUCUUCCACCCAAGGAGGGCGGGCCGCGAUCGUCCUUCCAACCUCAUGCAGCUGCCCACAACCCAGAGCCUCCGCUGCAGUAUGCGCCGCAGAGUGGCGCACCAGAAGUACUGAGCAGUCCAUACCAUGCGCCGCAGUACCAUGCAGCCCAACCGGCAGGAUAUCCUCCCCAGCCACCGCCCCAUCCGUCCAUGCGCACACCCGCCGCCCAGCUCCCUCCCCAAGCCCCCCAACAGCCAUAUGCGCCGCAAGGCCCACCGCACCCAACGACCCAACCGCCCAGCUGGCAUGCGCCGGCAUCCUUCCAGCCGGCGCAGGCAUCGCCUCACCCAAUGACCCACCAGCCCCCUCCGCGGCCCAAAGCAGAAACUCCCGACCUCCUCACGUCGCCCUUCGAAGUGGAGCUCCCCACCAUCACGCCCUCCGGCCCAGCACCACCCAUCCCACCCAAUCCCGAAAAGGACGCCCUCCUCCAAGCGGUAUCGAAGACCCUCGCCGAAACCCUGCAAGCGAACGUCACGCAGUCCGAAUCCGCGGCGCACUCCCUCCUCUCCCAGUCCCAGUCCCUCCACGCCGCCGUCGCCACCCUCCAAACAGAAGCCUCCUCCCUCAACGCCCUCAACUCCACCCUCGAAUCCAACACCUCCACCCUCCAACAAUCCCUCCACCGCGCCGACGCCGUCAUCGCCGACGCCCAGCCUCCCCCCAUCGACGACGUCCUCGUCGCCCCCACAGUCGUCGGCAAACAGCUCUACGACCUCGUCGCCGAAGAGCGCGGCAUUCACCAGGCCAUCUACGCGCUGCAGUCCGCGCUCGUCAAGGGCGUCAUCUCCGUUGAGAGCUGGUCGCGGCACACGCGGGGGCUCUCCCGCGAGGCGUUCCUCAAGCGGGCGCUUAUUCGGAAGAUUGCGGACGGGAUGGGCUUGGAUGUUGAUGGUUGAUGGUUGAUGGUUAGAUUUUUGAUAGUAUACCCUCGUUAAUAG